AUGGCAGACGGCCACGCGUCCCAGAAGGGCGUCGAGCAAGAAGCGACGGUCGAGACGAAGGGUCAGGGCGUGGCGCCUGCGCUGCUCGAGGACUCUGCUGGUCCCAUGUGCCGCAUCUGCUACGGCGAGGCGGACGAGGAGAACGGGCCCCUGCUGGAACCCUGCGCCUGCAAGGGUUCCAUAGCGUUCACGCACAAGGUUUGCCUGGAGACCUGCUUGCGCGAGUGGGACACCGACAAGUGCAAGACCUGCGACACACGCAUCAGGCCGUUGUGGCACUUCGUCAGAGACGCCCGCGACUGGAAAGACGUGUGCCAGAUAGCGACCAAUGCCGCGAUGGGCACGGGUGACGUCAUUGUCAUGGUACUCGCCUGGAUGUACGCCAGCAGGAUCCUGGGCAGGCAGGGCUGGAUCAUCUACCUACUCAUCAUCGUCAUGCUCUUCUCCCUCACCAUCUUCUGGACCAUAGUGGAGGCCGCGCGCCUGAUCAUCUUCUACGAGCAGUACAGUGCCUGGAGGAGGACGACCACCAAAGUGGAACUGAUUUUGGACCCCGUCGACACGAGCAUCGCACACACAGAGCCCGUAAGCACCGGAGCGGGGCACCAGGCCAACGAAUUCGAUGGCGUCGCGAUGAAUGCCACACUCUGA